GACGUAGCCCGAUCAAGGGCAAUAUCGUAAACGUACUCUAGUUUUUCUCCGGUAUACAGAACCGGGCUUUCAUAAACCUUUAUGCACUUUGGGGUUUUUCUUGUAUCGGCUACUAAGAGCUGCAAAAGAGAAGAAGUGACACAAAAAUGGUGAGGUUAACGGCGGACCUGAUUUGGAAAAGCCCUCACUUCUUCAAUGCCAUUCGCGAACGCGAGUUAGAUCUUCGAGGCAAUAAGAUUCCAGUCAUUGAGAACUUAGGUGCUACCGAGGAUCAGUUUGACACGAUUGAUUUAUCUGAUAAUGAGAUUGUUAAACUCGAGAAUUUUCCAUAUCUGAAUCGACUCGGAACUUUACUAAUGAACAACAAUAGAAUUACGCGUAUCAACCCUAACAUUGGAGAGUUUCUGCCAAAAUUGCAUACUUUGAUUAUUACUAGCAACAGACUUACGAAUUUGGUUGAAAUUGACCCGCUUGCGUCUCUCCCAAAGCUGAAGUUUCUUAGUCUUCUUGAGAACAAUAUCACAAAGAGACCAAAUUAUCGCCUUUAUGUCAUUCACAAGUUGAAGUCCUUGCGUUUGCUGGAUUUCAGGAAAGUCAAACAAAAGGAGAGAUUGGAAGCAAGUAAAUUAUUUGCAUCACAAGAAGCUGAAGAGCAGGUCAAAAAGGAAUCAGUGAAGACUGUACCUGUUGAGGUUGCGGUGCCUGCUGAGGAACCAAAGGAAGCUCAAGCAUCUAAGCCAGUUGCUCCAACACCUGAGCAAAUAAUAGCAAUUAAGGCUGCCAUUGUGAAUUCCCAAACUCUUGAGGAGGUGGCUAGACUUGAACAGGCAUUGAAGUCGGGCCAGCUUCCUGCAGAUUUAAAUAUUGGUGAUCAUGAUGUUUCUGCUAAAAAAGAAGAUGCCAAAGAAGACAAGAUGGUAACAGAUAGCGAUGAUAAAGCUAACAAGGCGGAGGAAAAUGUACCUGAACAGAAACCUGAUGGUCCUACAGAUAUGGAGCAGGAGUAG